ACUUGGUUCAGAACUCCUGUGGCCAGGAUCCGUACGGCGCGGUACGAGUGAGGUUUUUUUUGGUGUGAGCCUGCUACAGCUGCUGCUGUUACACACUAUUUGGAGUAGGGGUAGUUGUAGUACUCCAGGUGCUACGGAAGAACUGCAAGUUCAGGAUUCCGGGGAAUUCGGACUUCGAAGAAGUGAUUACAGAAUGUAAGCUCCAGCGCUGAAUUGUGAUGAAUUUCAGGUGAUACAGAAGGAGCUGAGCUGAAGAUAGCUGGAAAAAAGCAAAGGAAGCUGCAGGACGGCUACGGCUACGGAUGAUGAGUUGAUGUGAUGUGUGCUGAGCCCGGGUGUGGUACAUGGGAGGAGUACAGUGUGGGACGUGAAGCUGCUGCUUAGGGUCUCCAGUGAAUGUUUAAUGUAGUGGAAGCGACGAAAAGGAGAAGUUUGUGCGAUCCGUGUGUGGAACCAGUGUGCAGAUAAGUGUUGUGAGGAUUUAAACCCGCAGAAGGUUCCCAAAGCUGCGAGAGAAACAAGCUGACGAAGCUGAAGCUAUAAUCAAGCUCAACCCCCUUGUGGAUUACCGUACAGGAGAAGGACUCCCUGAAGAACGUCAAGCGGACGGAAACUUGUGUCCCUCGCCGGACGGACGGCGUCGCCUUUCAGUUGGUGGUCACCCCUCAAUAUCGCCAAAUGUCAUCAGGGCCAAAAAGCGGGGUCCAGCUUCUAAACAUCACACCCAAGAGUCACUCAAACUCAUAAAGCCACCACGACAGACCACCGCCACCGGGCGUGAUAAAAUAAAUAGCAAAACCAAUAAAUUUGUUCACACACGCUCUCACCGGACCUGACCCUAUUAGUCGCCGGACCUCCCGCACUGGUCACGAAAUACUAAAUUUAAAACAUGAAGGACCGUUUCCGGGUGAAUCGAAUUUCACGCGGCGCUCUGGAUGUCUGCUAAAGUGCGUGAUAAAUUAAGCUUUUGUGAAGUGCAGGUCACAAAUAGGGAUGUCUACCCGGGCGGUAUUAACACGGUUUAAUUCAAUUUUAAUGGUGGUACCCGGGUGAGGAAAGACACGGAAGAGCGGGGGGAUGUCAAAAAGGCAAUAAAUCCCCUUCGGUUUCAGCGAGGAAAAUUGAAAAUUGAAAACUGACAGCGCCGGUCGACAGGAAUUGAAAUCGAAAUCAAUAAAAAAAGAAGUGAAGUCGCGUGUAUGCUGCUUUUUUCCUGCGAAUUCUGGGUUUUCUAUUUCCGUUUGUAGUGUAAUUGAUGUGGAUUUCCAUGGAAAGCACACGUACAGUGCAAAACCGCAUCGACGUGCAGUUUCCUAGCAAAACGUUGCUGGUUGGGAAAAGUUUACUAUUGAUCAACCGAUAGAAAGGGGUUGAGGAAAAAAAACGCGGAAAUAAAUUGCACGUGAAAAAAAAACCCACUGAAAAUGGCCGAAACAAUUUGCGUCGUUGCGACCGGAAGUGUAUCGUGAAAAAGCAAAAAAAGAAUCGAACACAAAAGUCGAGUUCAAUUUGUACCAUAAUAGGAGUGUGUGAGUGAGUUGUGCACGGUUCAGGGGGGAUUUCACGAGGGAUUUUGCCACGGGGUGUGCAUGCACAAUUUUGAGACUCUUUUCCGACAGUGACAUGAUGGGUAGAUUACGGACGAGAUGGAUCCCGAGCCGGCGCAACGAGCGGACACGUGCGACUGCUAUAUGAUAAGAUCCUCUCAACAGCCAGUGUUGACAGCACCGACCGUCGUCGUUGUCCUCGCCGACACCAAAAACGACGCAGUCGGCAAGAACACUAGCAGCACCACCAACAACACCGGCAUCACUCUCCAACCACGAUGGUGCUGUACGAGCGGACCACGAUCGACAGCAUGCUGGCGCGGUACGUCACGUCCGCCACUGUCACCGCCGUGGACACGAUGGACGAUCUCUUCCUCAACAUCAGCUCGACGGCGGCGGCAGCCGGGUCCAACGAAACGGACAGCGUCGGGCCGGAACCGGAACCGACGUACUCGCUGCUACAGAUCAUCGUCCUGGGCAUCAUCGCGACGGUGCUGAGUAUACUGACCGUCGCGGGGAACGUGAUGGUGAUGAUAUCGUUCAAGAUCGACAAACAGCUGCAGACGAUCAGUAACUACUUUCUGUUUUCGCUGGCGAUCGCAGACUUUGCGAUAGGGCUGAUCUCGAUGCCGCUGUUCUCGGUGACGACCCUGCUCGGCUAUUGGCCGCUGGGACCCCACAUAUGCGACACGUGGCUAGCACUGGACUACCUGGCGUCGAACGCGUCCGUGCUGAAUCUGCUCAUCAUCAGCUUCGAUCGGUACUUUAGCGUGACGCGACCCCUCACAUAUCGCGCGAAACGAACCACGACUCGGGCCGCCAUCAUGAUCGGGGCCGCCUGGGGCAUCAGUUUGCUGCUGUGGCCACCCUGGAUUUACAGCUGGCCGUACAUCGAGGGCAAGCGAACCGUGCCGGAGAAGGAGUGCUACAUCCAGUUCAUCGAGACCAAUCACUACAUCACCUUCGGGACGGCCAUCGCGGCGUUCUACGUGCCCGUGACCGUAAUGUGCUUCCUGUACUACCGGAUAUGGCGGGAAACGAAGAAGCGCCAGAAGGAUCUGAAGAAUCUGACCGGCGACCGGAAAAAGGAUUCCUCCAAGCGGUCCAAUUCGAGUGAUGAGAACACGGCGGUCAAUCACUCGGGCGCGAUAGCGCAACUGACCAACGCCGAACCGGACGGCUGGCGGCGACCCCGGAGCGAGUCGUCGGCGGACGCCGAGAGCGUGUACAUGACCAACGCGGUCAUCUCGGACUCGGGCUAUGGCCACGGGAUGCUGUCCCGGCGGUCCAGCAUCGGCACCAACGGACUGCCGAAGAAGCCGGCCACCUUUUUCGGCGGCAUCAAGGAGUGGUGCAUCGCGUGGUGGCACUCGGGCCGGGACGACGCCGACGAGUACGCGUACGACGCCGAGGAGCCUUCGGAUCUUGGGUAUGCAACACCUGUAUCCAUAGAAACUCCCUUACCAAGCUCAGUUACCAGAUGCACAUCGCUGAACGUGAUCCGCGAUCCGUACGGGACGGGGACGGGGGGUCGGGGCAACGUGGUCAGCAUGAUCCCGGACAUUUCGCCGACGCCGAUGCGGCCCACGCUGCCCCCGAUGUCCCACCACCUGCAGGACAUGCAUGGACCAAGAGACUCGCGCUCACUUCCAAACAGCAACCGGCUCGGCUCGCGUUCCGUCAGCCAGGAUUCGGUUUACACGAUUUUGAUCAGGUUACCGCCCGAGGGUGGAUCCGGGGACGAGCGGGCGCCCUCGAUCAAGAUGAUUCAGGACGACGUGCCGAUGUCGAUGACGGUUCCUCCGAGGCGGCCACUUCCGACGCGGGACUCGGACUACAUCAUUCCGGUGGGUCGACGACAGUCGACGGCCACCACGGACAUUCGGCUUCCCCUUACGACCAAGAUCAUUCCGAAGCCGCUGUCCAAGGCGCAGCAGAUCCACCAAGCGAACAUGCUUCAGACGGCUCGGCAAGUCAAAAAGAAGAAAAAGUCCCAGGAAAAGCGCCAGGAGACAAAGGCGGCCAAAACUCUGUCGGCGAUCCUACUCAGCUUCAUCAUCACUUGGACGCCGUACAACAUCCUGGUGCUGCUCAAGCCCCUGACUGCCUGCACCGGUUGCAUCCCCCAGGAGCUGUGGGACUUUUUCUACGCGUUGUGCUACAUCAACUCCACCAUCAACCCGGUCUGCUAUGCACUGUGUAACGCGUCCUUCCGGCGGACGUACGUGCGCAUCCUGACGUGCAAGUGGCACACCCGGAACCGGGAAGCGAUGACACGGGGCGUUUAUAAUUAAGUUAGAACGAAAGAGCUCGGCUUGGCCAUGACUGGUUCGAAGGGAGGAGAGAGGGGGAUUGAUAGGCGAUAUUUUUCCCACUAAAUCCCCGGCAGUGGAAUUUUUCAAAUGACAAAACGCGAAAGCAUCUGGUGGUGCGGCGGUUUAAAUAUCCCACAGAGCCAGAGUCAGCUUAUGAUGACACACGUGACGUUGUGAAAGCUUCAUUGAUGGAUGGGUUAGGAUGAAUGGAUUUGGAUAGUAUCGAUGGGGUUGCAUUGUGUGUAACUGGGAGCCAUUAAUUAGGCCAACCAAAACGCUUGAGGGGUGGUAGAGUCUAGCGCAGCGUGGAAAAAGGCGCCCUCUGGCUGGGUUGCACUUAUCAAUGAAAAGUGACGUAAAAUAAUUAUUAUACUGUGGGAUUUUGAUUUUGGGCGGUUCAAUGGUGGGUGGAACCUUUCGAUUACUUUUCACAAUUGAAAACAAAAACUUCUUUUGAUUUUUGAUUUUUAUAAUACCAAUUGUUAACCAAGAAAUCAAGACAAGUAGUUAAUUAAAUAAUUCAAAUAGCCAAGAUCAUACAGCCAAUCACACAUAGCAAAGUUCUAUCAGGCAUCCAAUUUGCCUGCCAGGUAACAAAGAAACAAUUUAAGUCCAUCCAACUCGUUUCACCACAUCCCACACAUGUGAAAAAAAACUAUGAAGAAAUUUUCCAACAUUCCAUCGCAAAAUUUCGCUCCAGGAAUGAACAAAACGAAUCCCACCCAGAACAAACGGGUUGAAGUCGAAGAAAGAUAUUCUUCUGUAGAGCAGAUAAAGCCCUUCCAGUGGAUGUAAUAAGGUGGAAGAAACAUAAAAUACAGCUCUUUUCCAUUUAGCUUUCAUCACCUGAGGCCGAAACGAAACGAAGCGAUGUUGAAUUCCAAGUCCUCCAGCCGAAUCCUGCUCGCCUCAAGGCUCAUGUGGAUUUGCUUCUCUGUAUGAGCUUCCUUUAGGCGACGAAGUAAAACAGUGUUCCUGGGAAAGCAUCCAUUCGUAGAUAAAAACUUUUCCACAAAUUCCAACAAAAAAAAAAACCCUUGUUAGCCGCGAGGGCCCCUCCUGAGGCGAGAGUUCCGAUUACUUUCCCUUGAGACGUCGUCAAGAGCCAACUUCCAAAUUGAACACACUGCACUGGAAAGUGUGCUCGAAAGCGUGAAAUAGUUUUUCUUUGUGAGGCGAGAAUGGAGAAUCGUAUUCGAACUUUCCACCCUUUUCUAGGCCAUCAGGCAACAAUCCCGUCCAUUCUUCCCGGUUAGCCAUGUGUGAACGGGCAGAACUUGCGAUUCGCCCCCGGAGAAAUCUGACCAAAGGCGUUCGCGCCAGUCAAGUGAUUCAACGUCAUUUCCCUUCCCGACACUCUCGGAGUUGGUGAAAAGGCGGAAAUUCAUUUCUGCUUGAGAGCAAUUCUCUACGAAAUCGGUCUUUUUUCUUCAAUUUUAAUUUUUGUAUUUUUUAAUCCGACUGAAACUUUUUUGGUGCCUUCGGUAUGCCCAAAGAAGCCAUUUUGCA